UUCAUGCGAAUCGAGGUAAACGUUGUACGCCGUGAAUUUAGCAAAGUCAUAAAUAUCUGUCCAUGUGACAUUAGUCGGGAGAACGUCUCCGAAUGCGGUAAAUCGUGUUGUCAAAGAUAUCGCAAGUUAAACGUAGAUUUAAUUUGCACCCCCCUUCAAUACGAUUUUUUCACCAAAUUAGUAUAAUUAAUUCCCUUUGUAUGUAUUCUUUUUAUCGCAGUCAAAGUUCUAGUUUAACAUGAUCAAAUUAUUUUCGUUGAAACAAGCGAAAAAAGAUGGCGAGUCACCAAAGGCUGGGACCCAGAAAAAGGCAUCAGCAGCACAGCUGAGAAUAACGAAAGAUAUUAACGAACUUAAUUUACCAAAAACAUGCGGUACGGAGUUUCCCGAUCCCGAUGAUUUAUUGAGUUUUAAAUUAAUUAUUUGUCCAGAUGAGGGUUUUUAUAGAGGUGGUAGAUUUGUAUUCAGUUUUAAAGUUGGACCAAAUUACCCUCACGAACCACCUAAAGUUAAAUGUGAAACUCAAGUAUAUCAUCCCAAUAUUGACUUAGAAGGCAACGUGUGUUUGAAUAUCUUAAGAGAAGACUGGAAACCUGUUCUAACUAUUAAUUCUAUUGUUUAUGGACUUCAGUACCUUUUUCUAGAACCCAAUCCAGAAGAUCCUCUUAAUAAAGAUGCUGCAGAAGUAUUACAAAAUAACAGAAGAGUAUUCGAACAAAAUGUAGCAAAAGCUAUGAGAGGUGGUUACGUAGGAACACUUUGUUUCGAACGGUGUCUCAAGUGAUACAGUAUUCCAUCAUUGUUACUGUACACAUUUCUUUAGGGACUCACUUUGGGGAAAAAAAAAAAAUAUCCUAACACACUCAACACAUACAGGGCAUAGAUAGGAGAACUAUGAAAAUCCUGUUAAUUGCGUGAUUUACCACCUUAUACACAUUUAUUUUCUUGAUAUUUUGCCAGGCCUAUAUAUACGUCAGUUUCAUUAAAAAAAAAAAAAAAAA